GGCCAAGAGAAGCGCCUGGGCGGUUGGCUGGAACCCAAAAUGGCGGCUGGGAUGUACCUGGAGCACUACCUGGAUAGCAUUGAGAAUUUGCCUUUUGAACUGCAGAGAAACUUUCAGCUUAUGCGAGAUCUAGACCAACGAACAGAAGAUCUUAAAUCAGAGAUUGAUAAACUGGCCACAGAAUAUAUCAGCAAUGCACGGACUCUAUCUUCAGAAGAAAAAGUGGGUCUUCUCAAACAAAUACAGGAGGCCUAUGGAAAGUGCAAGGAAUUUGGUGAUGACAAAGUACAAUUGGCUAUGCAGACGUAUGAAAUGGUAGAUAAACACAUCCGAAGGUUGGAUACAGAUCUUGCCCGGUUUGAAGCUGACCUGAAAGAGAAACAGAUUGAAUCAAGUGAUUAUGACAGCUCAUCUAGCAAAGGCAAAAAGAAAGGCCGUGCCCAAAAAGAAAAGAAAGCUGCCCGUGCUCGCUCCAAGGGAAAAAACUCUGAUGAAGAAGCACCAAAAACAGCCCAGAAGAAGCUGAAAUUAGUCCGCACCAGCACAGAAUAUGGGAUGCCUUCAGUGACCUUUGGAAAUGUCCACCCUUCUGAUGUGUUGGAUAUGCCUGUGGAUCCCAAUGAGCCCACCUAUUGCCUCUGCCACCAGGUCUCCUAUGGGGAGAUGAUUGGUUGUGACAACCCUGAUUGCUCCAUUGAAUGGUUCCAUUUUGCUUGUGUGGGCUUGACAACAAAGCCAAGAGGGAAAUGGUUCUGUCCUCGCUGUUCCCAGGAGAGGAAGAAAAAAUAAAUUUUAUCAUCUUCCAAGGUCCAGAUACUGUUUCCGAAACACCCAGCUCUGCAGUUGGGGUUCAGCACUCUUCUCCCAGUCCCUGGGGCUUCGUUAGGUAGGGGUCCCCACUCUGGGUGAGCAGAGCUACUUGUGAAUGGUUUGUAUCCAUUUGAUGGUUCCUGUGUGUACUGAAACACUCGCUGCUUGUCCUUGAGAAGGAGAUGAAGUCAGUCGUUGGCUUACAGCCCUUUUCCCUGCCUAGGUUUUAAAACCUGCAUCAGCUUAAAGGAACAACGAUUUCUUGGUAGGGGAAUAUCUGAUUGAAGAAACUGCAGUUUUCCUUCCAGACUUCCUAAUUGAUGUUCCAGAGGAGGGGCCACCAAGUCAACCCUUCAUGCAGUAUGUAUUUUAAGAAGACAGGCUUCUUAUUCUCCCUUCCUUCUCCACUACUACAGCAUUCCAUUUUUCAAACGGAGGGAGCCAUACAGAGGCAACUGAAAAGUGACCCAUUUUUCUUUAUAGGAAACUAUUAAAAAGUGGGGGGGGGAAAUUCCCUGUCCAAAAUAUUUCAUGGAUUUUGUAAUGGAAGCCAACCAGGCUCCAGUCUUUUCUUGGUGGUGCUUGUUUUAGGGGGAAACCCCAUAUUGUAAAAUAUGUAUUAAAU